CGACUAACAAUAAAUGUAGUACUGCAACAAGAACUUCUGCUCCGAAAAAUGAGAAUGUCGUUGAGGCUUUUGAUUCUGAUAAAGAAGUCGGUCGUAUUGAUCAGGAUCAAGAAAACACCGGCAAAGGCACAGCCCACUGUGACGAUGGAGACCGCAAGGUGGCCAGGGACAUGAAUAUCUUCGGGGGCACGUCUUCAUCUAGCUCAUCCGGCGUUGCGGCCUAUAAUGAGCGACAUCAACAAGUAAACCUCGAGCAAGACAGCACAGUACGGGGUGGCCUUCAAGAGGACACCGAUGAGCCUUCGAAGAUUUCCGCACUGCAGGAUGAUUCUUUGGUGCGGAGUGACCCAGACGAUGAGCUUAUGCAAGAAUUAGGUUUAGGACAGCUUAAUACAGUUGCAGUUGGAGGUGGAGUUGACAACCAGCACAUCAGGAUCAGCGAGAAAGUGGCAGGAGGC